CACGGAUGGUACGUGGCUUCACGGCUUGACAGCUGUGGACUGGGAGGGUUUGUUCAGAGGUAAACACCGUGAAUGUUCCGACAGCAGCGGAACGUUCCGUGAACGCAGCGACUUCACGGUGUCACAGAGCGGGGACGAUCCCGCUCAAGCACACUCACGCUUCCCCGGCUCGGCUCGGCUCGGCCCCGCUGCAGCUCCUCGCCCGGUCUGUCGGUGUGUGUGUGUGUGUGUGUGUGGUAUGGCGGUGAGCGGGUCGUCGGUUGAAUUCCCGGGCUCUCUGACGAGCUCCAGUCUUCCACCGCCGAGGACUCGCAUCUUCAAGAUCAUCGUGAUCGGGGACUCAGGGGUGGGGAAGACCUGCCUCACUUACCGCUUCUGUGCCGGCAAGUUCCCCGAGAAGACCGAGGCCACGAUCGGUGUGGACUUCAGGGAGAGGCUGGUGGAUAUAGACGGCGAGAGUAUCAAGAUCCAGCUGUGGGACACUGCAGGUCAGGAGCGCUUCAGGAAGUCCAUGGUGCAGCACUAUUACCGCAACGUCCACGCUGUCGUCUUCGUCUAUGACGUCACCAACGCCGCCAGCUUCCGCAGCCUCCCUGCGUGGAUUGAGGAGUGUAAGCAGCACGCUCUCGGCACAGAGGUGCCCAGGAUCUUAGUCGGGAACAAGUGCGACCUGCAGGACUCGGUGCAGGUGGGCACGGAUGUGGCGCAGCAGUUUGCCGAUGCCCACUCCAUGCCCCUGUUUGAGACAUCUGCAAAAAACCCAAACAGCCCAGGAGGAGGCAGCUGUGGAAACAGUGACCACGUAGAAGCCAUUUUCAUGACGGUGGCUCACAAGCUCAAGUCUCAGAAGCCUCUGGUGUUGAGUCAACCUCCCGGAGGAUCAGGAGGAACCAUCAACCUGAGCAGGGUGAUGAACGACCGAGGCGAGGGGAACACGGGCUGGGGCUGCAGCAGCUGCUGAGGACCAGACGUGGAGAUGAAAUGGCUUCACUGCUGUGUGUGUUUACCAUGUGACUGUUGACUCAUGGAAUGAGAAGCAUUUCAGCGUCAGCGUGACUUUAAUUCCAUGUCGUUAUCAAUCGACUUCCAUUGUUGAGUUUAGAGUUUUAGAUGCACUCAGGAUGAUCUCAUGUUGACUGUUGUCCUGGUGUGUGUGUGGGACUGCUCUGAUGAAUAAAAGUUGAAGAGACAACAGAACAGAAAA